GCCCCCACAACCAUCACCAUUUCCCCUCCCUCUCUCUCUGAAUUUCUUUCUCCCCAAACCAAAACCAAACCGAAGCUUCCCCAUCUCGCGUGAACUUCGGAGCAAGGAAGAACAAGGCGCCGCGCCGGAUUUAGCCCCGCCCCCCUCUCCGGGGUAUCCCCCCUCCUCUCCUCUGGGUUUGAUUGGAGUGAGGUGAAUCGGUGAGGUUGUGGCUCGGUUGGCGUCCGGAUCGGAGGGGGUUCGGGCCCUUCCUGAUUAAUCCCUCUUCUGAUUCCGUGUGGGGGAUUCAAUCACUGGUGGGCAAAGGCGAGAUAUUUCGUCACUUCUCCCCCUCAUCUAACCAUGUCUGGUUUGAUGUGCCUGGAGAUCAAGAUGGGAUUGUAACCACGCUGGUUAUCUCGCGAUCGCAGAGGGUUUCCUCCAUCCUCUAAGGAAGGAAAGGAACCCUUGCCCUUUCUUCUCCAUGGCUUCUAAUUCGUAGUGUGAAGGAUCUGAUUUUUAGGUUAGUGUAAAUAGUAGCAGUAGUUGAGGAAGCUUCGGCAUCCUAAGGACCUCCUGUGAAGAUGUCGUCUGCUGCCAUUGCCAUUAGCCCGAUGGUGGAAGAGUUUGCUCUCCUGCCCAUCUGCUUCGACGGCAGCCGGUCGCCCCACUGUUUGUCCGGGUCACAGCUGCAGGAUUCGAUUAUCAUCUUUCUUGCUGUGCCUGGUGCCCCACCGAUGCCGAUGAGUGUGCUCGGCUCGGAGUCCAUCGCCUCGGUCAAGCUGCGCAUUCAGCGGUUCAAGGGGUUCGUGGUUAACAAGCAGAGGCUUGUGCUUGAUGGGCACGAGCUGGCAAGGAACAACUGCCAUGUGAAGGAUUAUGGGCUUGCCGAUGGAAAUGUUCUGCACCUUGUUAUCCGCUUGGCUGAUCUUCGCUUGAUUAACAUCGAGACUACCAGUGGAAAGAAGUUUCAGUUCCAGGUGGACCAGAGCCGCAAUGUCAAGUAUCUCAAGAGUAAGCUGGCAGUGGAGGGAGAUGAGGACCUUGGUGAGGAUCACAAGCUUGAAUGUGAUGGCAAGGAGCUUGAGGACCACCAGCUGAUUGCUGAUAUUAGCAAGAAGGAUGAUGCUGUGAUCCAUUUGUUCAUCCGCAAGCCAGCAAAGUUACGGACACAGCAAGUUGAUAAAGACACGGUGGUUACAGUUGUCACUCCGCAGGAGAAAGAGAACCUUCAAAAUGAAGCUCAUGCUGUGAACCCUGCUAAACCAGCUGGUGCUAGGCCUGCUCUUGUUGAACCAAUUAUCGUUAACCACAAGGUGAAGCUAUCACUUGAAGUGAUGAGAAUGAUUAGCUCAGCCAUAGCUGGUCUUGAGAAUGGAUACUUGCCAGUGAUGUCAGCUGAAGGUUCAGGGGGUGUUUACUUCAUGCAAGAUGCAUCAGGAGAGAAGAAUAUUGCAGUGUUUAAGCCCAGAGAUGAGGAACCUAUGGCUAAAAACAACCCAAGAGGGCUUCCAGUGUCGACUGAUGGAGAAGGCAUGAAGAGGGGGACACUUGUAGGGGAAGGUGCAUUUAGGGAAGUUGCUGCUUAUAUUCUUGACCAUCCAAUUGGUGAUCAUGAAUCUGAAGAACGUAUCGGGUUCUCUGGUGUGCCUCCCACAGCAUUGGUCCGGAGCUUACACAGGGGGAAGAGCUUCAAGAUUGGAUCACUGCAGAUGUUCAUUCAGAACAAUGGAAGUUGUGAGGAUAUGGGUCCCCGAGCAUUUCCAGUGAAGGAGGUCCACAAAAUAGCAGUGUUAGAUCUUAGGUUAGCAAACGCUGAUCGUCAUGCAGGGAACAUUUUAGUGUGCAAGGAUGAAGAAGGUGGCAAUUACAAGUUGGUUCCAAUUGAUCAUGGUUACUGCUUGCCAGAGAAGUUUGAAGAUUGUACCUUUGAGUGGCUGUACUGGCCCCAGGCUCGUGAACCAUUCAGUGAUGAAACCAUUGCAUACAUCAAAUCACUAGACGCUGAAGAGGACAUCAAGCUUCUCAAGUUCCAUGGGUGGGAGCUGUCUGCAAGAUGUGCUCGUGUCCUGUGCAUCAGCACCAUGCUUUUAAAGAAAGGUGCAGCACGAGGCCUCACACCGUAUGACAUCGGGCGUAUACUGUGCAGGGAAACUGUGAAUAGAGACUCUGAGAUUGAGGACAUCGUCCAGGAAGCCGAGGGCCAUGUUCUCCCAGGGUCAAGUGAAGUAAUCUUCUUAGAAACCGUAUCUGAAAUCAUAGACCGUCACCUCGACAAGAAGUUCGCUUAGAAACCCAGAAUAACUGAUCUAGUUGUUCAGCUGUAUCCAGUCAGUUUGGUGUAAGUAUGUUGACAAGCCACUCUUCAAUGGACUAAAUGAUUUCAUUUGUUUGUAGCAUCUCAAACCUUCAAGUGCAUUACCUACAUACAUUUUGUGAAUAUGUAAGCA